AUGCGCCUCGUCACGGCCAUCAAGACCCCUUACCUGGCCUCCGGCAAGUUUGACCUGGUCACCUACGACCGCCUGGUGGACGCCCAGAUCGAGGCUGGCGUGGAUGGCCUCAUCAUCGGCGGCACCACGGGGGAGGGCCAGCUCAUGUCCUGGGACGAGCACAUCAUGCUCAUCGCGCACACCGUCAACUCCUUUGGCGACCGCGUGCGCGUGAUCGGGAACACGGGGUCCAACUCCACACGCGAGGCGGUGCACGCCAGCGAGCAGGGGUUUGCGGUGGGCAUGGAUGCUGCGCUGCACAUCAACCCCUACUACGGCAAGACCUCGGCCGUGGGACUGGCCACCCACUUCCAGGCGGUCCUGGCCGAGGGGCCCGCAAUGCUCUACAAUGUCCCGGGCCGAACAGGCCAGGACAUCCCCGACGACGUCAUCCUGGCCCUGCGCUCCCACCCCAACCUGCUGGGGGUCAAGGAGUGCACGGGGAACGCGCGCAUCGCGGGCUACGUCGGCCGCGGCGUGACCUGCUGGAGCGGGAACGACGACGAGGCGCACGCCGCCCGGCACGAGCACGGAGCGCAGGGCGUGGUCUCCGUCACCAGCAACCUGGUGCCGGGGGCAUUUGCCGCGCUGAUGGCGCGCCGCGACGAUGAGCUGGCGGCCAAGCUGGCGGAUCUCAUCGCCUGGCUCUUCGCGGAGCCCAACCCCAUCGGCCUAAACACGGCGCUGGCGAUGUGCGGCCUGGUGAAGCCGGUGUUCCGGCUGCCCUACGUGCCGCUGCAGAGGGAACAGCGGGGAGCGGGGGUGAAGAUUCUGGAGGCGGUGCGGGAAUUCAUCCCGGGUGUCAAGGACAUUCGCGCGAUGGAGGACGACGAGUUCACUGCGCUCGCGUCCUUCUAG